AAAUAUGCUUUUUGGGUCGGCGAUCAGCUUCCUUGGCUUCUGUGUGUUGCUGUGUUUUAUGGCCAUUCACACUUUCCCUUCUGAAAAGAAAUCAAAACCUUCAACCACGUUUUCUGCAACAUCGCUUUCUCCGGAUCCGCAGAUCUUGCCUGAUCCCAUCCCAUCUGGCCUUGAAGUGUUUGUGUUAAUCUGUACAGUUGGUGUUAUCCACUUUUGUGAAGUGUGAGAGGUUUCGUUGAAAAAAUGGAGAAUGGAGACAGGUACCACCAGGUUCCAGAAGCAAAAUACGAGUGCCUCCUCUUCGAUGUUGAUGACACACUUUAUCCCUUUAGUUCUGGUUUGUCUCAUGAGUGCACCAAGAAUAUAAUUGGAUAUAUGGUUGAGAAGAUUGGCAUAGAGGAGAAUGAAGCUCCUGAAAUAAAUGUUCGACUGUACAAAGAUUAUGGAACAACUAUGGCUGGUCUCAGGGCUAGUGGCUAUAACUUUGAUUAUGAUGAUUACCACAGUUUUGUUCAUGGACGAUUACCCUAUGAGAUUUUGAAACCAGAUCCAGUUCUAAAAGGUCUUCUACAGAGCCUGCCUAUUCGGAAAUUUAUCUUCUCCAAUGCGAACAAAGAACAUGUCACUAAAGUUCUUGGAAGGCUUGGACUAGAGGACUGUUUUGAAGGAGUGAUAUGCUUUGAUACUCUGAAUCCUGUAAACAAGAGAGAUGAGUCUGAUGCUAAGGACGAUCCUGUGUUCAGAGGGCCAAAACCAAGUGCCAUUUCUUGCCCAGAAACCCAUGUUACUGACAAUUCUUGUCAUCCUAAUGCUGUACGUCCUAAUACUCCAAUUGUUUGUAAGCCUUUUGAGGAUGCCUUUGAAAAAGCUCUCAAGCUAGCUGAUAUCAACCCUCAGAAAACUUUGUUCUUCGACGACAGCAUCCGUAAUUUGCAGACUGGGAAGCUUACGGGUCUCCACACUGUCUGGGUUGGCUCUUCUCACCGAGCAAAAGGCGUGGAUUAUGCAUUAGAGAGCAUCCACAACAUCAGGGAAGCAUUACCAGAGCUCUGGGAAACUGCUGCCGAAAAGACGGAAGAGGUGGUCUACUCAGAAACGGUUGCGAUUGAGACAUCAGUGAGAGCUUAGUUGAUGCCAAUGUCCCUACUGGAAUUGGUAGAACAACUCUUGGUUUCUUCUUGAACUGGAAAAUGAUAUGUAUGUGGAGGCAAUAAUGACCUCUUUUGAAUGUGUUAACAGACAUUUACACUGUUGAAGAAAUUGUGUUAUCUUGAAA